ACAUUUGUCUUUCUUACAUACUCUUUGCAGCAUAACCAAUUUCAAUCUAAAACAUCUGAUCCUAGGUGCUGGAAAGCUUUAAAAUUAUGGAUUAUAGUUUGCUGCUUGGAAUCCACAUCCUGGACAGUGCGGCAAAAGAGAGAGAAGGCGAGUUUUCUCAAAACACAUCUGAUUCUAAACGCCCAGGAGGACAAAGAGUUCUUUAUUCAACUGCUAUGGAGUCAAUUCAGGGUCCAGGAAAAUCAGGAGAUUGUGUCAUCACAGAAAAUACCAAUACAAUGGGAGGCAUUCCAGCCAAAAGCUACAGAGGAGAAAAACUGCUGCUAUUUAUGGGCAUUAUUGAUAUCUUGCAGUCUUACAGGUUAAUAAAGAAGUUGGAGCAUUCUUGGAAAGCACUUGUUUAUGAUGGAGACACAGUUUCAGUCCACCGACCAAGUUUUUAUGCUGACAGGUUUUUAAAGUUUAUGAGUACCAGAGUAUUCAAAAAAAAUCAGACUUUGAAGUCUUCUCCUUCCAAAAAACGAUGCAAUUCGAUUGCUGUUCUGAAAGCUACAUCACAAGAAUUUGUGUCAGUAGUUAACCAAGACUGGAAAGAUGAAAAGCGUGAUUUACUCACGGAGGGACAAAGUUACUGUAGCCUUGAUGAAGAAGUAUUAGCGUCCCGACAUCAUCCAGAUUUAGUGCCAAGCACAGCAUCUCUGUUUGAAGCAGCUUCUUUAGCAACAACAAUUUCUUCUUCUUCUCUCUAUGUAGAUGAUCAUUAUCAACAUGACGGAACUAGGUUUUAUUCUAACAGUAAAGGAUUGCCUUCAAGUUCAACAUUCACUUUAGAAGAUAGUGCGAUCUGCUUGACUUCAGAACAGAGCACAGUGGAAACUGAGACUGAUAAUGCUUCUGUCCUGGAUGUAUAUUUAUAACAGAACAUGAAAGAAAAUGAGUCUAUUUUAACAAAAGCACUUUCUGCACUCCAGAUUUAUGAGGAAAAUUUUGCCAAGCCUGGUAAACAAAGUCCUAAUCAACAGAGCUCUACAGAAAUCAUCCAACAGUUCUUGAACUAGACGUAGACCCAGCAGAUGAGAUGGGAAACAUUCCACAAUUUAUUAUAGCGUGCUGUUGCCUGCUGAACUGCGAAGCCUUGCAUUUCCACCCUUUCAGCUGCUGCUUCUACUUUUCCUAUUGUCUUUUCAGGACUCGAAGGUGAUAUUUUCAUUUGCAUGUAUUCAGUGAUCAUGGACGAAAAUAUCUAAUCUGCCUUUCCUAUUUAAAGAGCCAUCUUCACAGUGAUGAUUAUUCUAUAAAUCAACUCUGCUUUACUCCCCUUCCCCCAGAAUUAUGAUUGCUCAUCUGUUAAUUUCAUACCAGAGUUAGUAUGUCUGCACAUAACUUUAUGGAAACUAUCUUCUAUAAAGAAAUUUUCACUGUUUAUUAGUGAAAUAAAAAAGCUAUUUAUAACAAAGCCUUAUGUUGUGUACAUAUAUUGUCUUUGAAAUAUUUGUGAUUAGAUAUAUUGCUUGUAAAGGAUAAAUUACUUAAUUUAUUUAGUAUAUUCUACUGUAAACUAUAGUUUUAUU